AUGGCUAUCUGUCAACUUACUUUAGUCUUUCCAUUUAGAGUAUCUAGUCGUGAACAUCGGGCCCAAAUUAGCACUAGUUUGCUUAGAAAGGAAAACGUAGUGACUUUUGCUAUUCCUCUCAAUGCUUUGGUUACAGUAGAGGCAAUUCAUCCAUAUACAGUACAUUACUCAUCAGUAGCCGAACCAACACAUCGUGCCAUUUGUAUCAGUUUCAAAAGUAUUAAUGAUGCGAUUGCUUUCGAAAAGAAUCCAGAGGCACAUUUAAGCCAAGCGCCGGCCGAUGAUCUACUCUCUUUAGAUGAAGAGCUUGAUCGUAUUGCCUCGGAAAUAGAGAAGACACACGAGUACUGGAAGAAGAAAAAGCGCGGCCAGUCAUUUGAUGAUGAGGGAUACCAGAAGGUGUAA